AUGACAGAAGAUAUACCUGAUGAGAAAUGUGCUCAAAGUACCCCUGCACCUAUAUCAACUGGUAUAGUUGUCAUUAUCGUCGGCCUGGGAAUCGCAGGGCUCACAGCAGCAAUUGAGUGUCAUCGGAAGGGCCAUUCGGUUAUCGGGUUUGAGAAGAAGCCAGACCCCUAUCAGUUCGGUGAUCUGAUUUGCCUAAGUGGCAAUAGUGUGGGUGUUCUUGCUCAGUGGGAUAAUGGUUCCGUCAUGGGUUUCCUAAAGGACAACCGGAGCUACCUGCACUCCAUCGAGGCCUAUGAUGAAGCAGGCGAUCUCAAAGAUAAAACUCCGGUCAACCCAGACGACGCAACGCAAGGCUUCGUCCUCCGAAGGUCAGGGCUCCUCAAAGGAUUGUAUCAGUAUGCUCAGAAACUUGGUCUUGAUCUUCGCUUUGGAGUUCAGGUGGAAGAAUACUGGGAAACAGAGGGAAACGCAGGUGUCAUUGUCGGGAAAAUUAGAAUAGGUGCUGACUGUGUGAUUGCCUCGGAUGGAGUCCACAGUAGAGCCAGGGGUAUCAUUACCGGCGAAGAUCCCGCUCCUCAAGAGACUGGCGGUGCGAUCUUCAGGUCUCAUUUUGAUGCUCAUCUAAUUGCAGAUAACCCAGAGGCAAGAUGGAUCCUAGAGGGCACAGCCGAAAAGGACCGUUUCGAGGGAUAUUUUGGCAAGAAUGUCGCAGUUAUGGUGGGAACACUCGGCAAGGGACAGCAUGUGUUCUGGAGUUGCCCACACAAAGAUGUUAAAGGCGUCUCUGAGGCUUGGGCUCAAGUUGCUGAUGUGAACCCUGUGCUCGAAUACAUCAAAGACUGGCCAACAGGACAGAAACUCGCAGCCAUUAUAUCUAAAACUCCAAGGGGAAACUGUUUCAAUCACUUGCUUCUUUCAAGGGAUCCAUUAAAUUCUUGGGUGUCCAAGGGUGGUAGAAUGAUUGUCAUUGGUGACGCAGCACAUCCUUUCCUUCCACACACAGGCCAAGGUGCAAACCAAUCCAUUGAAGAUGCAGCUGUCGUUGCUAUAUGUCUGGAGCUUGCAGGUAGGGAUAGAAUCCCAUUGGCCCUGCGUGUUACAGAAAAACUAAGGCACAAGCGAGUCUCAGUAAUUCAACGAGGCUCCAUAGAGGUCCAGAAGAACGACCACAAGGCAAACUGGGAUUCCAGCAAUACUGAAGAUAGACCGAGUACAGCCGCACGUCCAACUUGGGUUUUCUCCCACGAUUGUGCCAAGCAUGCCUAUGAGGAAUUCAACAUUGUGGCCAAUGCUAUAACGAAUGGUCAAGACUAUAUUGAAACGAAUGUGCCAGCUGACGGGAUAUUUCGCCGUGUUGACGACUAUCACAAUACUACGAGAGGGUCCAACUAA